AUGAUACCAGGCCGGGGAUCCAAGGAAGGCUCCCCAUGUAUUGUUGCCGUUUGUCUUGAUCUGGCCAAUGUUGUGCCGAGCUGCAUCAGGCGGCUGCUGGAUAACUGCAGUAGUGGUGGGGCUACUUCAACCGUUUUGCUUCUCGCCGCCACCUUCGUGCUGUAUGCAUACCUUUCUUUCCUGAGGCGGUCUUCGCAGGGGUCAACUCCAGGAUUCCGUCGGCUGCGUUCCAAACCGGCUGGGGUCGGCAAGGAGGGCAAGAAUUGGGAAAACGUGGUCACGGGAGGAGGCAAGGAUGAGGGAGGGGUACAGGUCACGUGGUUGGGCUCGCGCGAACUCCGGGUGCUGGAAGCUUGGGCAGACACGCUGUUGCCGGGGUUCGACGUUGAUCACAAGGAGGCUGCCGAUGCUAUUGUCGAGCAGGUGGUUGCCAUGGUCCGUGCAAACAUGUUCCGAAAAGAAGUCGGCCCGAGGGAACGGGGCAAAACGACAUCUAGUAGAGGAGGAAGAGGAGGAGGGGGAGUCCUGGCCUGGAAGAGGCCUAACGUUAACUCCCGCAUUCAAGAACAACUUCCCGUGAAGGUGGAGGCGUACACGCGAACGCUCGUUCGUCGUUGCUUAGCGAUGCACGGCCGCUCGGGAUCUGAUGUCGGCGUGGCGAUUCUCCUUGCCCAGGCCUUCGAGAUCAACAUUUCGGAAGAAGAGCGCUUAGGCCUUCGAGUGCUGUUUCGGAUGCUCAGCACCCGGCUGGGGGCGUUCAUCCUCACGGGGAGGGCGGUGCCCUUUCACUCCCAGAGCCUCGCUGCGCGACAUGGCGUGCUGAAGAGGUGGUCGGUGUCGCGAAUACGGCCGUUGCGUGAUGCUUUCCAAGGAGUCAAGCGGCUCACGUGCUCUCUGUUCUUCAGCGCACAUCCGGAGGUGCACCGUAAACCCUCUCACCCGGAGGAAUCGGGGGCGGAGUGGACAGCGGCGCUAGCCAAGAUCAAGACCAACCCUAACUGGAUCGACAUCCGGUACGACCCGCAACACCACCGUUUCGCUCGGAACGAGAUCCCUGUAUUAUCGUCGACGGGGCAACGCCUCAAUCCGAUUGGCGCAGCUGCCGCGAGGCCCGGACUGUGGUCAGGAGCAAAGGUGAAGGAAAGGGUCUCCCUGACGGCGAGGGCGGCGGCAGCAGUGGCGUCCACGACUCCUCGUCCAUCGAGGUCAUCAUCAGCGAACAGCCACAGCAACCCCCCAUCUCCCGCGUCAUCCCUACCACCUUCAUUCCCGGCAACGGCAGCGGCGGCACCACCAUCGCGGGUACCAGCGCCUGAAGACGUUCUCCCCAAGUUUUUUACCCGCCCCCGAAGCAAGAGCAGCGGCAGCGCGGCCGCCACAGCCGGUGCCUUCUUGCCCUCGUCUGGCACCACCAGCGGCAGGGCAAGUGCUGUUCCGAUACCACCACAUGAACCCCUGCCGCAGCAGCUCACGGUUGACGUGGUGGUCGUCGGGUCGGGGGCGGGCGGUGGGUGCGCGGCUGGCGCGCUGGCCGCACGAGGCUUGAGGGUGGCGGUUUUGGAGAAAGGGGGACUCUACGGCGCACCAGACUUUGCCGGGUUUUCCGAAAUGGAGGCGUACAAGGACAUGUAUGAGGGCCAGGGUGUAUUGGCAACAGAAGGCGGAGCUGUGGUCAUUCUUGCAGGGUCCUGCGUCGGAGGGGGCACAACAGUGAACUGGGCGGCCAGCUUCCGCACCCCUAGGCACGUGAGGUUAGAGUGGUCGCGGAAGCUGGGCUUGAAGAGCUUCGAACCAGGUGGACCCCUCGAUAACGCCCUGGAUGCCGUGUGUUCGAGACUGGGGGUCAACAUCGGGAAUUCGCACCGGGCCCCGGGUUUUCCAGUGCCAAACGCCUCCUUGAGGGUAAAUCAGCACCAGUCCAGCCUCUGGAACGGCGCCGCAGCGUCCGGUCGCGUGCCGAGGGCGGUUCCCACCAACACAAAAGAAUGCGUCGACUGCGGAAGCUGCUUGCAUGGUUGUGCGUACGGCAGCAAGCAAUCAACACACGUUGAGCGAGUGCUCAUGGAUGCUGGCAGGGCUACCGGAGUCGAGGCCGUAGUCACUCCACAUGGAGGUGGAAAGGCUGCUCCCCUGACGGUGCGGGCGCGGGCGGUGGUCGUCUCAGGCGGCGCAAUCAACACUCCGGCUAUCCUUCUCCGCUCCGGCCUUAAGCACCCUAUGAUAGGCCGCCACCUGUGUUUGCAUCCCGUCCUCGCUGUCGGAGGCGUUUUUCCUGAGGACUACGACGGCGGGCAUGGAGCCGGGGAGGACGACCCGAAACGUUCCACGGGCGGCUCGAUGGCAGUAGCGGCGGGUACCGCGGGAAAGCAGGCGCGAUUUACUGCCUUGUUUUUGUAG